AUGGCGCCAAUGAAUAAUCAGAAUUUGAAUUACAGUAGUAAUUACGGCGAGGCCGCUGCCCAGAAGGUCAACGUCCUUGCCUCUUGCUACCUCGUCGACUCUGCCGCCAACCUCAAGGGCCUCCACUACUGCACUACCGGGGGGCCGAGUGGUAUUCCUGAGGUCCCUUCCUCAGGACUACCCUCCCCUCCAACAAGCCCCCCCCUCGCCGCACUAACCUCGUCUAACGAGCUCGCCCUUCUGCCCAAGAGCAAGAAGCGCGAGAUCCCAGGCCGGCGCCUGGGUCGACGAGGGGGGGCAGCACUUUCGAUCAGGGAAGAAUGUGAGAGAUUCUUUUGCGAGUCCAUGAAGACGAUUUUCCACGGUGAGAGGAAUUCGUCCAUGAAUGGCUCCGGCCUGUCUGGUGCUUUUUUACCAACGCCGCCGUCCGAUGACCGGCUCCCUGAACACUUCAAGCCUGUUUCUGAUGACAAGCUACCUGCCUACAAUGUUACCGCUUGGCUGGAGAUGUGGGACUAUGCUGGUGGAGCGAGCUUCCGUGCCUUUGUUGCUGACGACGGAGAGGAGAAAUCUCUCUUUGUCUUCUUCGAUAUCGAAGGCGUACUUGGCCGAGACCUGAAAAAGGCUCUGAUGGCACUUAUCGAACUGGCUGACGGUCCUCUGGACUGUGCACAUAUCGUCACUUGCAUAGAUAGACGCAUCCCUGCUGACGACGUCCACUCUUUGACAAAGAGUCUACAGUGGGUUGGCUUCGACAUGGUUACUCUAGACCACUGGGCUCAAGGUCUCGAUGUCACGAGCAAGAAGUGGAUGCUGAUGGGUAUGGAGCUAUAG